AUGACGACGCAUCAUCCGUUUGCAUCUGAUGGACUUGCACAUUCGCCUGAUAAGAUGUUCAACGUCAGAAAGGUUACUAUCUUGACAUGCAUGCUGCAAGUUAUACCACUGAGCGUAUGUUUUAAGUCGGAUGGAGAAGUUGCUGACUUCAUCCUACAAGACUACAAAGCCCAUCACAAACCCAGCGAUGUGGUUAACAUUAGUAUUGAAGCGGGAUUAGUAUCUAUACAAGAACUGGACAACAAAAAGCAGUUUCUUAGCAGCACCAUGUGGAUGGUCCUCUCGUGGAACGAUCAACGACUUGUUUGGAAUGCUUCAUUUAGCUCGCAGAAAAGUAUUCUUGUGGACUCGAACAAAUUUUGGAAACCUGAACUGAUCAUAGGAAAUAGUAUCACGGAUCAAGCGCUAAUGCAUAAUGGAGGGUCUCUGUUGGUUACGAGUCAAGGAAAUAUCCGAUGGCUUCUCGCAGGAACAACAGAAACCAGAUGCCUCAUCAACAUUUACAAGUUUCCCUUUGAUACCCAGACGUGUGAAAUUGUAAUAGUUAGAUGGUUCGGUAGCAACAAUAAAAUACACAUCUCCAGUGAAACAGAUGUUGAUUUGGAACAAUUUGAAGAGAAUGGCGAGUUUGAAAUUUCUCCUGGUGACAUGCGUUACAUAAGUGGCGGUUACAGCGGAGAGUUGAUAUGUAUACCCAUCAAUUUGAAGAGACGUCCUCUGUUCUACAUCUUCACCAUCCUGCUCCCCGUUGUCCACCUCUACUUCCUCAACAGCUUCGUGUUCCUCCUGCCUUCACAGAGCGGAGAGAAGACCAGCGUUGCCGUGUCUAUCCUCCUCAGCUUCCAACUGUUUCUGUCCAUCAUCAGAGAUUCCCUGCCCGAGAACUCCCUGACCGUCAGCUUCUUCGGCCUCUACGUGUCUUUGGCCAAUUUCACCAGUGUCCUCAUUGUCGUUGUCAACAUCAUCAUUCUGAAAAUGAAAGUGAAUCUACCACCGAAAUGGAUCUUAAGAAUGUGUAAAACAUUCGGUGGCAAUGUCGAGGAUGAAGAGCAGACAAGACCAAGGUGGGAAGAUAUUGAAACUAAACUGAACAAGAAGUGUUUCCUAUGCUUUUUUAUGUUUAGUAGUGUUGUAAGUGCUGUGGUCCUUGGAAUGCUGACGAGAUAA